UGAGGAGAAAACGGUUUUAAUGUAAAGCGGUGAUGGAAGGGUUUAUAAACCACGGACUCUUCGAAUGCUAACUUAUCAGUCCUCGUUAAAAUUCCUACCUAGCGUUCGGUUCCAAGACUAAACAAUGGUAACCUUGAAAUUCGCUGGAGUUAUUUGCCUGGUGUAUUUCACCAUUUGCGUAAACGCUGCUAAAAAGCCAAGAUGUUGCCAGAAAGUCCUUCAAAAAUUGAAUAAACUUGAAUGCCCAAAACCAGAGCCGGGCAACUGCGAACACCAUGGUCCAAGUUCAUGCAAAGAGAUCUAUGACAAAGAUCACCCAACCGAAAACAAGGCAUACAUGCUCCAGUUUGGCUAUGAGAAGUUUUCUGUCUAUUGCUACAUGGAUGGCGAUGACCUUGGCGAAUGUGGUGGCGGAGGAUGGACGCUGGUCAUGAAAAUGGACGGUGCUCAGGUACAAUUUAAGCGAUUAUGUUGCAAACCGAUCCAGGUUUUGCGUUAAAGAAGAUAACUAAGGCCAUAUUUGACC